GAUGGGUUGGGUUACCGGGGCGGUGACUCUCCUCCCUUCUCUGCUCGCCGAGAUAAGAGCUGAAGGAAAGAAAAAAACCCCUGCACAGAAAACUCAACCCCAGUUCACCCUCAGCGCCCAAGGACUCGCGUUUGUUUGCGACGAUGGAUUCAAGCUCGUUCGAUAAGACGCCGACAGCGGCCGAGGGUGGCAGUCCAAAAAAGAGCAAGAAGAAGCUCAAGAAGGAAGAUGCCUGGAGACCAGAGGGACCCAGAGACCCAUUUGUCAUGCUGGACUCUCUGCCAGAAAAGAAGCAGCAGGAGAUCCAGAGAGCCCUCCACCUCUUCUCGCCGGGCCCGAGUCUGCCCAGGACCCUGCAGCAGGCCGAGAGCCACGCCUACCGCUUCUGGGACACGCAGCCCGUCCCCAGACUGGGUGACAAGACAGCAGCUCACGGCCCGAUCGCGGAGGGCGAGGUCAGUGUUCGCGAGGAGCCCUACUCUCUACCUCAAGGUUUUUCCUGGGACACCCCGGACCUGAGCAGUCCCACGGUGCUGAACGAGCUGCGCGCUCUGCUGAACGAGAACUACAGGGGAGAAGACGACAACACCAUCAGACGCGACUUCUCUCCAGAGUAUCUGCAGUGGGCUUUACAACCUCCCAACUGGCAGGCCCAUUGGCACUGUGGUGUGCGAGUAGACACCAACAACAAGUUGGUGGGCUUCAUCGCUGCUGUUCCCGCGGACGUCUGUGCAUAUGAGACGCAGCAGCGGAUGGCACAGGUCAAACUGCUGUGUGUUCACAAGAAGCUGCGCCUCAAGCGGAUGACGCCGGUUCUGAUCAGAGAGCUCACCAGGCGGGUCAGCCGGCAGGGCGUCCGCCAGGCGGUCUACGCGGCUGGCGUGGUGCUGCCCACUCCCCUGAGCUCCUGCAGAUACUGGCAUCGCCCCCUGAAUCCCCGAAAGCUGAUGGAGGUCAACUACCCGGGUCUGAGACAGAACAUGAACCUGCAGAGAGCUCUCAAGUUCAACCGUCUACCUGCGGUGACGAAGACAAAAGGUUUGCGGCCUAUGACCGAAAGAGACGUCGCGGGCACGCACUCACUCCUCCAGACAAACGGCAGCAAGUUUCAGCUCAGACCCGUCUGGUCUCCGCAGGAAGUAGAGCACUGGCUGCUGCCACGGGAGGGCGUGAUUGACACCUAUGUGGUGGAGGGUGACGGCGGCGCACUGACCGACGUGGUGAGCUUCUACAGCGUCUCCUCCAGAGUGCUGAACCAUCCAGUCCACGCUGACCUCAGAGCAGCUCACCUCCUGCACAUGGCCUCUUCCGCCACCGACCUGGCCGACCUCAUGGAGGACACAGUGGUCCUCGCCAAAUCUAAAGGCUUUGACGUCUUCUCUGCUCUCGACGUGAUGGACAACAGGAGUUUCCUGGACAAGCUGAAGUUCAGCGUCAGCGACAGCAGCCUUCACUACUACCUGUACAACUGGAUGUGUCCCAGUAUGAGCCCUGACAAGGUAGGCUUGGUGUUGCCCAACUAACCUGCCACUGAGAGAUGAAGAGAGUGGUGAAGAUAAAAAAGCAUCAGAGUGAUUGACAGGACAGCGGACAUCAAACUGCAUCGACGGCACGAAUAAAGGUUUAAGAUAUAUAAACCGACAAUCUGCAUAACACACGCUCAGAAAUCUUUGAAAGAAAUAAAGAGAAAAAUCGUAUUUGUAAAGACA